GUGUGCUGAACAUGCUGCUGACGAUGCUGAGGGUGUUGCUGAUGAUACUGCCUGACUCCAAGACCCCUCACGUGGAAGGAUUUUAGGGGUUGCCUUGCAGAUCAAUGGACGUGGACCCCUAUGCCAGCAUGCAGGUUGGGAUGCGGGUAGUUCGUGGAGUGGACUGGAAGUGGGGCAACCAGGACAACGGUGAAGGGAAUGUUGGGACUGUGGUGGAGAUUGGUCGGACAGGCAGCCCAACCACUCCAGAUAAGACUGUGGUCGUGCAGUGGGAUCAAGGCAACAGAACCAAUUACCGCACUGGAUUCCAAGGGGCUUACGACCUUCUUCUGUAUGAUAAUGCACAAAUAGGUGUCCGUCACCCUAACAUCAUCUGUGACUGCUGCAAGAAGCACGGCAUCCGGGGGAUGCGGUGGAAGUGCAAGAUGUGCUUUGACUAUGACUUGUGCACCCAGUGCUACAUGAACAACAAGCACGACCUCUCCCACUCCUUCGAACGCUACGAGACGGCGCAUUCCCAGCCAGUCCUGGUGAGUCCUCGACAGAAUUUGACUCGCAUCACCCUAAAAGGGACUUUCCAGGGGGCAAAAGUAGUCCGUGGCCCUGACUGGGAGUGGGGCAACCAGGAUGGUGGUGAAGGUAAAACUGGACGUGUGGUUGAUAUUCGUGGCUGGGAUGUGGAGACCGGGCGCAGCGUGGCCAGUGUCACCUGGUCUGAUGGAACCACCAAUGUCUACAGAGUUGGGCACAAGGGAAAGGUGGAUCUGAAAUGUACUGUGGAGGCAUCUGGUGGCUUUUACUACAAAGAGCAUCUCCCAAAAUUGGGAAAACCAGCUGAACUGCAGAGGAAGGAAAGCACAGACAGGCAUCCAUUCCAGCAUGGUGACAAGGUGAAGUGCCUGCUGGACAUUGACAUCUUGAGGGAGAUGCAGGAGGGCCAUGGUGGCUGGAAUCCUAAAAUGGCUGAGUUCAUUGGCCAGACAGGGACUGUGCACAGAAUCACGGACAGAGGGGACGUGAGGGUCCAGUUCAACAGUGAAACCCGCUGGACUUUCCAUCCUGGAGCUCUGACUAAGCUCAACACCUUUUGGGUUGGUGAUGUUGUCCGGGUGAUAGAUGAUAUGGAAACAGUGAAGCGGUUCCAACCUGGUCAUGGGGAGUGGACAGAUGAAAUGGCACCUACCCUGGGGCACAUUGGGAAAGUGAUCAAGGUCUACGGGGACGGAGAUCUGCGAGUGUCAGUUGGAGGGCAGUCCUGGACCUUCAACCCAGCUUGCCUGACAGCCUAUCAGAGAGAUGAAGAAGCAAACCUCAUGACAACAGAGAAUGCAAAGGAAUCAAAAAGUACUUUGAUUACUGUCCUGGAGAAGCUGCUGUCCCAGAAGACAGAGUCAGAGCAUGCAGGCUGCCUGGUCAUUUGUGCAGCACUCAACAAUGCAGCUAAAGUUCGGGAGCUCCUGCAGAAGUACCCAGACAAGGUCGAUGCCAAGAACCAGGGCAGAACUGCCCUGCAGAUUGCCUCCUACCAGGGGCAUCUGGAUGUGGUGAAGAUUCUGCUGCAGGCCCAUGCCUCUGUCAACCUGAGGGAUGAAGAGGGGGACACAGCACUGCACUAUGCAGCCUUUGGAAACCAAGCUGAGGUUGCCCGUGUGCUGCUUAGUAAAGGAGCCAGUGCAGACCUGUUAAACAAUGCAAAGUGCACAGCCUUGUUUGUUGCUGUCAGUCAAGGAUUCACUGAGGUGGUGCGAACCCUCUGUGAGCUCAACUGCGAUGUCAACCUCCCAGAUUCCCAGGGAGACACCCCUCUGCAUUAUGCUAUCACUGCAGAAUACACAGUCCUUAUUGAGAUUCUCACUGAAGUACCUAACAUAGACUUCACUGUCCAGAAUUGUCAAGGUUUCAACCUGCUCCACUUUUCUGCUCUAAAAGGCAACAAGCUAGCCAUAAAGAAGAUUCUAGCAAGAGCUCGGCAGCUGGUUGACUCCAAAAAGGAGGAUGGCUUCACUGCCCUGCACCUUGCUGCUCUCAAUAAUCACAAAGAAGUGGCAGAAAUUCUCAUCAAAGAGGGUCGCUGUGAUGUCAACCUCAAGAACAACCGUAACCAGACACCCCUGCACUUGGCUGUGAUCCAGGGACACGUGGAGAUGGUGCAGCUGCUGGUCAGCGAGGGCAGUGAUGUCAAUGCUGAAGAUGAGGAUGGGGACACAGCCAUGCACAUCGCCCUGGAACGGCAGCAGCUCAUGUCUGUCAUGAUGGAGAAGCGUGAAGGGGAGAUGGGCUCGUCCCUCCUUUCCAAGCUGCAGUCUUUUGGCUUCCUUGGAAACGUAGAGCUGAAUGUUGGAACUGCAAUUGCAUGUUACUUAGCACAAGAAGGAGCAGAUAUUAAUUAUGCAAACCAUCGGGGAAAGUCUCCUGUAGACCUUAUCACAGAUGGAAGGAUCCUCCAGAUUGUCAAAGAUUUCUCACAGAAAUUCAGGGAACAGCAGGUUUCUUCAGACAGCUCAGCCGUCACCUGCAGCCUUCGCCGCGUGCACACCACCCCCAACACCAUGACCAACCUUAGUGUCUCCAGCGUGGCAGUCCCCACAGAGUGCCUGGUCUGCUCAGAGCUGGCCCUCCUCAUCCAUUUCUUCCCAUGCCAGCACAGUAUUGUAUGUGAAGAGUGCUCCAGGAGGAUGAAGAAGUGCAUCAAGUGUCAAGUGACAAUUACCAAAAAACUGAAACAAGACAGCACGGAGGUGGAGUGCAGCCCCAGCUCCGAGGGCAGUGACCAGAGGAGGCUGAUGGAGGAGCUGCAGAGCCGCUACCGGCAGAUGGAGGAGAGAAUCACCUGCCCCAUCUGCAUCGACGAUCAGAUCAAACUGGUCUUCCAGUGUGGACAUGGCUCCUGCCCAGACUGCAGCACAGCCCUCACCGUCUGCCCCAUCUGCCGGCAGGCAAUCCGGGAGAGGAUCCAGAUCUUUGUCUAAGGAUGUGCUUGCUGCCCUUCCCAUCCCCUCCUCCCUCCUUUACUUUUUGUUUGCGUUUUAGCUGAGCAGUGCUAGUCAGGCUGAGGUGUUUGGCUGCCUGCAAAGCCACCCUGAGAGAGAGGGAAGCAAAUAACUGAUGUGACUUGGG